CAGUAACAAGUUACGCAUUGAAUGGUUAGUGCCGGAAACGGGUUCUCGGUUCUCGCGCUGCGUUAUUCGCUGCGGUUUUUUUGCGCGAAUAGCUAACAAAUAAGCCAAACUGAAAGAAAACAACAGACAAGGGUAUUCCCAAAAACAAAAACCGAAACCUUAAAAAAUAAUAAUGAUAACGACACUGUAACAAAUAAGAAACGUACAUAAAUGUCAAAUAAGUUUGCAAACAAUAACAUCUCUAAAGCCGGUCGCAACAUUAGUAGCCUUAGUUAGCGGAGUUAGCGGGUCAAUGACUGUUAGAAAUUGAAAAUUAAUUACGCUGAGUACAACGGUUUAGCCGCCGACGCCGUGGGCGGUAUAAAGUUGCAUCGGCACCUAUUCAAAUAAUCAAAUGUUUGUAUGUAUACGUCCAAACUGCAUAUGAAUAGUGUCGUGUUUUUGGGUCAUCUUGCGGAAUUGUGGUGCUCACUUAAGCCGUUUGGCCUAACGAGGAUUACCAUAAAUACAUUGAUGUACGAAGCAUUACUCAGCGGUCGCUGAAGUACAACUACCUGCAUUCCUAAUUAACUGCGCUCCUUCCGAUCACCGAACUAGGAACACCGUUUGCGCUGUCAGUCGUUUCCGAAUGCAAACUAUCCAACUGGGAGCGCUACCGCAGCUGGCACCCCAUUCUCCUCGGCGAUAAGGGGCUGCAUUCACCAUUGCAAAGAGGCACGCAUACAUACAUAGAUAUUUACUCUUACUCUUUCAAAGCCGUCAAUAGCAACACAACUGAAAGCAUCAGCAUAAAAAGACCAACGGCAAAAAAACAAAUUAACUUUUCGGCUUUGCAAGACAUCCUACAUUGCAUUGCCACAGUUGUACACGCACCUUGAAUACAGCUUAACUUGAAAGGUUGAUGCCACCGAAACUGGUAGAACGCGUACAAAUUACGUGAAUGCCGGCGUGAGAACACGAAGACGUUAAAACGCACAAAACCGACGACGUAAACGGAAGAGCAAAAGUAAACUUAAUUAGAAAAAUUUGUCGCACGUCUUUACCUCAGUGAACUUCCCUUAUAGGAGUAAGAAGCUCUGGCACUGAAGCUGCACGUCUCUACUUCCGAUGUCAAGUCAAGGAUAAAUACAAUAAAAUUCCGAUUAAAAUAAAGCCGCCUGUCACUUCUAGCUGCAAAAGCAGCAUAAAAAAGAAAGCGAAAUAAUAGAACCGAGAGGACAACGUAGGAGGCGACCCGUCUGCUUGCGCGCUCUAAUGGUCAUGUAGACCAAUAAUCCACCAAAAUAGUAAUUCUUGCAACAAACUUUAACGCUAUUUAUAACAUCAGAGCUGUGAUACACCAAAAAAAAAAAAACAAGACAUCAAAAUGAAAAACACACACAAAAUCACGAAAGAAAGCAAAACUGAAUAAACAAAGGAAAGCAAAGGCCAAAUAAAGUGAAAUUGCAAGUAGAACAUAAAACCGUAAAAUACGCUCUUACAUAUUCAUAUAAAUGAUAUUCGAACAUACAUGUGUAUGUGUGUGUGUGUCUGUUAUACUAGGUCAUAAGCAACAUUUGUUACGAGGCAACAGCGCAUAAAAAAGGCUCAUCACAGUAGAUUUUCUCUUAUGGCGCCACCGGCUGGGAAAAUUGUUUUUAAUACGGCAAAACGGCCCAACUAUCGCCUAUUGCCGUAAUAAGUAAUUUCGGGGGUAAACAACAACAGCACAGCAGUUGGCGUCGUGCUACGUCAGCGUUAAAGGACUUGGCAAGUCAUCGGUCUUAAAACCAUUCGUGGCGGGAUUUAAAAGCAAUAAAUGACGUGCGCCCAAUUGUCGUCAACUUUAUUUUGAAGCACUUGUCGGCUGCACGCUACAGGCAUAUGUUCAACUGAAUCCGCAUGGUUUUGGGUUUCGCAGGACAUACAUUUAUUUCGGCCAAGGUGCUGUGAAGAACGCAGCCAAUCGACAACAAAACGCUGACUGGCAGCUACCAACGAAAUAGGUUGGUCAACCCAAGCGUAAUUUAUAAAAACGAACUGCCAAACUCGGCAUACGCAGCCAAAUACCAAGCGGUCAUAACACUUACGCACAUUCCUUUGCAUUUUUUUAGCAUUCGUUUUGAAAACUAUUAACACGCACCCGAGCGCCCGGGAGGCGGUUCGCACGAAAUAUACAGACAUACACAUGCGCUCAUAAGCUCACAGGACAAGCACACUCAUCGCGAUAUCAUUAAUUUAGAACGGAAUGGCAACGACAAUGUCUACAACACGCAAGGCAACUUCUAAAGCGACGGUGCGGAAGGAGGAAGUGAAACAUUCAAGUUCAUCGCUGUCAUCGUUAAUCACAUGUUUUAUAUCCUGUUUCAUCGUGGCUGUGAGUUCCCUUUGUCCGCCAACAGUAGGGGCGACGGCAAUUGCUGCGGCGACAGCGUCGGUAACAUCGGCAGCAUCAGCAACAGCAGCAGCAGCAGCGGCAAUGACAGCUAAGGUAGCUACAGUGGGCGACGGUAGCGAAGACAGUACAACCACCAUUGCCGGUCAAGGUGGUAGUCGUUUGGGUGUUCUGAGUAGUGGUGCGGUUGGAGGCGACGGUGAUGGCAACGCUUUGAGCUGGGAUCAUGCCGUCGAUUUGAAUGAGGAUUUUCGCAUUUUAUGGACAAUCAUUAAUCAGGAUAUUACGUUCGAAAUACAAGCACGUACGCUGGGUUACGUUGGAUUUGGUUUCUCGCCCGAUGGCAGCCUCGCUGGCUCUGACAUCGCCAUCGGUUGGGUAGACAAGGGUCAAACAUAUUUUCAGGAUCGUCACAUAACUAGAAAUGUAAACACAGAGCCAAUUGUGGAUCCAUCUCAGGACUAUAUUCUUAUGUUGGGGUAUGAAAAUGCAACACAUACUGUCUUACGAUUUCGUCGAAAACUAGACACUUGCGACAAAUUGCACGACAUCGCUAUUACGAAUAACACUAUGCGAUUAAUUUAUAUGUAUCAUAGUCGCGACCCACCUCAUGGAUCAGUUCAACCUGGGACAUUACCUGAACCGGACUCCGCUUUUCGGCCAUAUCAUCCAAUGGUUCUUACCCAAAGGGCAGAAAUUCAGUUUCGGAAAGAUGAUCAAACACGGCAAAUGGAGCUACGAAAUGAAGAUGUGGCGCUUCCAAGUGGAGAUAGCACAUUAUCCUGGUGCAAAAUGUUCAAGUUAGAGGAUAUCAAUCGAAAACACCACCUUAUUCGAUACGAACCAAUAUAUGACUCGACGUCCAGUGUACAUUAUUUACAACAAAUUACGCUGUAUGAAUGCCAGGGAUCCCAGGCAGAGCUUGAGAAAAUGGCACGAGAGCAGGGACGACAAUGUAUAGGCAAUCGGGAUAUGCCUUUAGCCUGCAAUGCCAUUGUUGCAUCAUGGUCACGCGGUUCGGAGGGCUUUACUUUUCCGGAGGAUGCUGGCUACCCGAUCGAUUCUCAUGCUGCCAAAUACUAUCUUAUGGAAACUCACUACAACAAUUUGCAGCCCGAUAAUUUUCAAAGCUACAGUCGACAAAUGGCUGACAACUCCGGACUAAGGAUUUACUUCACCCAUGUACUGCGUCCGAAUGACGCUGGCAUACUUUCAAUUGGUCUGGAUCCAAAUUGGCGACACAUAAUUCCACCCGGUCAAAGGGAAGUAAUCUCUGAAGGGCAGUGUAUUGAGGAUUGUACAGCCUACGCUUUUCCUGCUCAGGGCAUAAGCAUUUUUGCGGUGAUGAUGCGUACACACCAAAUCGGCAAAAAAGUUAAACUUCGGCAGAUUCGUCAGACUGAAGAACUUUUUCCAAUCGUAAUGGACACCAACAUCGACCCAACGUAUCAAGACUUUCGCCAUCUGCCUGCUCCCGUGCGGUCUCUGCCUGGUGAUCGACUUAUUGCUGAGUGUAUUUACGACAGCUCCACACGAAAAGCAAUUACCCUUGGUGGCCUGACUAUGAAAGAGGAGAGUUGUACGGUACUGACACUAUAUUACCCGCGCCAAAAGGAACUUACUACAUGCCACUCCUUACCAAGUUUACCGACGGUGCUCCACUCCCUAGGCAUUGAGGAACUCGCCACUGAUUCCAAUCCUGUGCUGAUUUCUUCACCCCCGGAAUUGGCUGGCAUGACGCUGGAGGCACGAUUAAUAUCUUACGACUGGCAAAAUCAGUUCGAUGAGUUUCAAGAGGCAACUAGAAGUGGAUCUUUUAAGCCACUUUGUUGGGGCGCAAAAAAUCAUGUCAUUCCAGGCUCAGAGUACCUCGAAGGAUACAGCAUAAACAUAACAAAAACCUUUAAGCAACAUCAAUACUGUAAACCAAAGCAACGCUCAUUUGUCGCCGACAGUGUGGGGCAAACGGAUCUUGAGCUGCCGGUACUUCAUGAAAUGGACAACAAUAAUAUCAUUGAAGGAGCGGCACGAAGUAGCCGCAGUUCAGCAGCCACCGAAACGCAAGGAUUAAGCAAAGCCGAAGACUAUAGUAGAAGUUUUGUGACAACUUUCUGGUAUGCGAGCGCUUUGCUUAUUCUACAGUGGCACAACCGAUGGUCCCUAACUAGAAGCGCAUUUUAAGCGUUCGCAUUCCAAUACUUUCAUCUGUCCAGCCCCGCGACGCUGACGUCAUUACGUGUCCUCCACUCUACCCAAUCCUCAGAUGAAUUAUGUAGCUGCAUGAAUUUCUAAUUUUGUUACCCUAGUGUGUAGUAAGUUAUUGAUUAUUUUUACAAAAGUUUAUUGUCGAAUUGUAGACUUACGGAAACCAUAAGCGUAUUACGGCGUUAUUAGUUAAGUACACUCAUAACUACAUACAUACAUACAUACCUACAUAAUAUAUAUACAUACAUACAUAAAUAAAAUAGCGAUAAUCAUACAAUACGCUAAAACCAUAAGCAUUAAAAAUCGGUGAGAUUUAAAUGGAAAGCAAUAAUUAGUUAUCGAAUACUUGUUUGUGACUCGAUAUUAUACAUUUAUACAGUACUCGUAUUUAGUGUGUAAAAUCGUUACUUUGCAUGUAGUAUUUUAAGAUGGUGCAAAUAUAAAUCUAAAUAACCAAAUACUUUACAUUACUAAUGUUACAGUGUGUGAAAAAUACUCAAAAUUAGAUCUAACUAGCAAUUACCUAUCUUACAUUAAGCCGACAACUAUUUUGUACGAGUGUAUCGCCAGUGAAUUAAUAAGCUGACCUUCCUAGAUCGACAGUGGGCGCAAAAUAAAAUCAUAUUUUAAAUUAAAACUAAAAUAAUUACAAAUUCAAAUAUUUUUUUUUUAAAUUAAUUAUUUUGAAUAUUUACAUUUUUAAUUAAUUAAUUUUUCAUAAAUGUAAUUUAAUUGCUGUCAAAAUAUGUCUAAAUUUUGUGCUCAAUGUCAAGUUUAGUGUAUCUUGUUAUUAAUGGAAUUGGUCUGAUAGCCAUAUAUAUUUAUUUUGUUUUCAUGAAGUAUAUAAAUUUGGUACAAGAUAUACCUUAAAUUAAAAGGCUGAAUAUUUAGCAACAGGCUUACACACAAUGCUUUCAGUCCAGUUGUGAUUAAGCAAAUACCUUUAUUUUAAUUACUCGAUUUAGGCUUAAUUCUCCCGUCCAAACUUAGUUAAAGAUAAGCCUAUGAGGUUCCUGAUAAAGAUCGCAACAUACGGAUGUGGUACUACCGCUGCGGUGCAUGCAAUCAAAACACCGCAUUACACCGCCCCACGCACAUAUAAGCUUCUCGUUCCUGCAUAAGACCCGUAUUAGGUAUUUAUGUUUAGCCAUAAAAUAAAAUCAAUAAGAAAUAAAAUCUUUUAGCAAGCAUAUUCCAGUUUAACGGUCCAGAUGAAUGACAGCGGUAAGCUAGAAAAUGCAUAUAAAAGGUAUUUUUUUAGACAUGUAGUUUUCAAGAAAAUAUUAAAUGCAUAUAAUUUAAUAUUAUGGCCAAAAAUUUAGCUUUAUUAUAAAGUUAAAAAUUUGCCAUUAUGUUUUCAAAAUGAUUUCGCGCAAAUAUCCGUUUCGGUGGGUUCGAUUAAAUUCCAGCCGAGGCGCUAAAUUUUCGAACUGUUCUUGCAGCAAUUUGGACCGAAUAUUCUUAUCUAAGUCGCCGAAAAAUAGUCCAGCGGUGUUAAAUCGUACGAUUUGGGAGGCUACGCCACAGGCCCCCGACGAAAUAGUGCGCUCAUUAUUCAUUCGUUAUGAAUGACAAAGCAAACGAAGUUGUUCAAGUAACAGCUGUAAAAAGAACCAACCGCAAAAAUAAUAUAGUUUCAUUGAAAUCCACACAUCUGAAAAAACUGCCGUUAUCUAUAAUUGCAAGCAAAAUUGUAUGAACUUUUUAACCUCUCCAGUAUGAGGGCUGUUUUUAAGAAAAUCUGAGCACGUUCACAUAUUAUCUCUGUGAAGAAAGCCUUAUAGGAAUUCUAGUGACAACAUUUUGAUAGUAGGUUUGACAUUUUAUAGCUCCAGUCGGUCAGUUUGCAGAGCAAGUGCGAAAUAAAAUUUCAAGGAACGACACAGUUAAUAUCGCAUUUUAUACAACUAAAGUUGUUUCGUUGUCCUUUGCAAAAUAUUUGUACAUUUCUCAUAAAAUCGUGAUAUUUUGUUAUGAGUUGCUUUGUUUCUUUACAUUAAAGUUAUACAUUUAUAUAAUUUUAUAUAUUAUUUUAUAAAUUUCUAUUUAAAAAAAUGAAAAAUUUGCGUUAAUUAUCUGUAUACUGAUGUAGUAUUAGGUAUUUAUAAUAUAUAGACAUAUGUUGUAUUUAGGGUUGUAUAUGCGUCAUAUAUGUAGGUCCACCGGAGAACCAAGCGACUAAUACUAGUAGCGAAAUUGCCUAAUUCUUUAAGGGUGUUUUUAAAAUGGCCAAUCUAAUUUUUCCGACAAUGGCAGCAUUUGACAAUGUUAUAAAAUGCUGAUUUUUGACAGCUUUCAUAAUAAUCAAAAAGUAUAAAUAAAUGCCGCCCCAGUAUUUGUUAUGAAACUACAACAAUUUGCCAAGACUUUUUUGUAGAUCCGUCAAUGAAAAUUUGCGCCAAAGACUUGUUUUUUGUAAUGAUACAUAUCGUCACCUAAAAUGCAAAAUAACGUUCCAAAAAAAAACCGAAGUCGCUGUCCGAUAUAAUAACCAAUAUCAUUUUAUAACCAAAACUCAAAUUUUAUUUCAAUAUGAGUGCAUGAUAACCAAGAUCUAACCAUUUUAUAACCAAAACUCAAAUUUUGUUUCAAUAUGAGUGCAUGAUAACCAAGAUCUAACCAUUUUAUAACCAAAACUCAAAUUUUGUUUCCAUAUGAGUGGCUUCUAUUAUAUCCUUUUUCCUUCGGCUGUAAAGUUUUGAAAAGCCAUGUUACGUUAUUUUCCAUUUUGGGUGAAGAUAUGUACUAUAUAUGUAUCCUUGCAAAAUUUUUCUAAUAACAUGCACGGUCAAUCCAUCUUACCGCUUUCCUUUGAAGUUUGAACUGUACAUCGGUGUGACCGGCAGCGAAAAAUUAAAUUGUUAUCUGUUCUUAAAUGACUCGAAAGAUUAUCGGACAAUUGUUGCUUUUUGGCAUAAAACAUGGCGAAAAGGAAAAUCUCAUUUGGGGUCAAACCUCGCUUUCAGUUGACAUUUUGUUUAGUUCAAAAAUGCUUAGUCUUAAAAGUCCGCUGACUAUUCAUAUUUGAUUUGAGAAUAAAAAAAAAAUUGGACAGAGAGGCCAAUUGGACUAAGUGGCCACCAAAUCCGACCCAAAGUAUUCAAUACUAACGCGCAUAUACCUAUUGCAAAUAAUAAUAAAUAAAAGCUAAUAUACUUAGUAUGAAACUCAUAAUAGCAGUAGAUAUUGUAGUGAGGUGUUUAGUAGUGAAAAUAAAUGUGAGUAUUUUGAGCAAACUAUUUAUAAAUAUGAGAAAUUAUGGUUAAUGCAAACGUAUGUGCAUAAAUUUAUAAAAUAUAUAUUAUACAUAGUACAUAUAUACUUAAAAUAUUGCCGUCAUAAAAAUACACUUUCACGCAAACGUAGUAUUGUGUGUACAUGAAGUAAGGUUAGAAAACUAUCGUAAUCAUUUUUUAUACAAAAAACCGAGUAUUUGGACAAAUAAAAUGAAAAAGGAAAUAAAAGAAUAUAUUUUAAGAGCGUCAUAAUGGAUAUGCGAAGAAAACACAAAACAAUCAAAACUGUUGAAAAAUAAGCAUUCAUAUAUAUAAUUACUUAUAUACAUGGGUAUAUAUGUACCAUAUGUUACAUAUUAAUGAUAUACAUGUCACUACGUACAUACACACUACUUGUUAGUCCUAUUGAAUCAAACUUGAAAUACUUAUGUGAACUAUGAAGUCGUACUGCCGAAGAGUAUGCGUAAGAGAAACUUACGACACAAAGAACCUAUUAGGAAAACUAUAUAAGUAAGUUAAAGUGUAGUGUAGCUCACGAUGAAAAGCGAAAUGCCAUAUGAAUACUUUAUAUACCUGCGAGUUGAUUGAAUUUAUUAGUUUUAUCCCAACUUACAAAUAUUGUAUACUUACUAAAAUUUAGCUUGAAAAGCUUAAAGUUUUAUGUUCCUUUACUUAACUUCAAAUUUAUUUAGAUAUUUCAAUUAUUGCAGCUUGAUGCAGUUUUUGAGUGCAAAAGGUGAGAUCUUACAAAUGUAGCGUAUGUGUAAGAACUACUAGGUGUAAGCAUAUGGACGCAGAAUCGAGCUGAAAUAUUUUUUAUACCACAUACAAAAAUACUAUUUACGAUAGAGUAUGAAUACUAAAAUACAUAUAUACAUACACUACAAGAUAUGACGUGCAGUAGGUAUAAUUUGUAAAGUCGUCACACUUCUCUCCACCUCUCAAAGUGAUACUAAAACAAUCAGUGGCCGAUCCACGGGGGGAUGUCAAAAGUCGCUUCGAAGAUUUUGAUUCAAGUUCAGAAGAAUUAACGAAGUAACAUCAAUAUUCGAAGAUAUUCAGAAAUUUAAUAAUAUGUUAGAAGAAAAACGCCUCCAGAAAAAGGUUCCGAAUCCGCCACUGAAAACCAUGAACUUCGGUUGAAUAUACAAAGUAUUGAUUCGUAAUUUACUCAAAUGUAAUGCGGCACAAAAUUAAAAAAAUAUAUAUAUUUAUGCAAAAAACUAUAUUAUAUACAUAUAUAUGUUUCAGUGCAGUUUAUAGAAAACUAUAUAUCUGUUCUAAUAAAUUUAAAAACAUAUUGAUUAAUUUCGAUUUUGAUGUGAUCCAGUUAUUACUUACCGAUAACAUUAUCAACAAAGAGUACAAGUUAUUAUUUGAAACACAAAUUGAAAUCACUAGCAAUUUUUUGUGUUUCAGUAUCCAAGUAUAAAGGCUUUGCUGUAGUCAUAGACAUGUAAAAAUGACAAUCUUAUAUUAUGUAUAUAUAAAUCUUCUGACCGUGUGUUUGUAAUUGAACUGCUCCUAAACGGCUGGACCGAUUUCGAUGAAAUUUUUUGUGUGUGUUCAAGGAGAUUCGAGAAUGGUUUAGAUUCACAAUUUGGUCCACUGGAAAAUGUUUUUUUAAAUUAAUUUUUUAUUUGUAAUUAAUUGCUAAUUUUGGAAUGUUUGACCGAUAGAUUGCGCUACCAUCGCAGUAUCCAAUAUUCAAACCUUAAAUUGGCAUAAACGUGCAAUAAACAAAACGAUGCCAAAGUAAAAGGCGACAUCUGUAGACAAGUUCUUAUAACGUGGACAGAGUUGUUCGUUCUUAAGUAAUAAAUUGGGUGAUUCAAUACAUCUAUGGGUAGCUAUAACAGGCAAUUUAAAAUUGCAAAAGAUCUGGCAUAAAAAAAUAGCGGAAUAACUGAAGUGUUGAUAAAAAGGUCUAUUAAAAUUUGAGAUAUACAGAAAUCUUUUCGAAGCAUUGCAAGACUGAUGCCAUAACCUUGCCAGCCGAUUUUUUUGUCUUCCCACCGUUUCUUAAUAUGCAGUCCACCAGGCUGACAAUCGAUUGGACUCGAUUGAUUUCACUGUUGCACAGCCCAAAUUCAAUAGUAUUUUUACCCCAAAACCCAAUUCUUUCUUAACACACGAAAUGCUUUUUGAUGUAUUUUGUUGCUUCACCAAAAAUGCGAUUAUUCCUUAACUAAUACUUAUAAUCUAACUAGUAGAAAUCAUAUAGUAGAUGGUAUUAGUAGUACUACCUAUGUAUCACAGUAAAACGUGGGCGGGUCUUCUAGUUUUAUAUAUAAAUGUGUAUUUGUUUGCCAGUAAAUUAUUUAUUUUAUAAAAGAGACGACAUAGCAACAUUUAAUAAGGUUUCAACUUGAUUUGACAGAAAGUACUGGCUGUUUGUGUUGAUCCAGUUCCAAGUCAAGCUUCUUGCGGUGACCAUCACUAAUAUUUGGCGAUUCAUCUAAAAACAAAAAAAAUUGUUUUAUUAUUAGAUAAUCUGGUGCCUGAUCGAAGCCUUUUUAAAUUAAUAAAAUGGCGGCCUCCGGCAAAUUUUUCAGCUUUUCGGAAGGAACCAACAGUUAUUUGUUAAUAAAAAAUUUAAAUUAAAAAUGAGUAUACACAUACAUACAUACAUAUGUACAUAUAAACAUCAAAAAUAAAUUUCAUCGAAAUGUACCAAGCGGUUUUCGAGCUACAGUUCAAAAACAUAGCUUUGAGAAAAACGCAUUUGAAGUGUUACACGCACGUUCCAGAGCGUCCGAGAACCGAAUGUCGAACAAAUCGAAAAGUAUUUUUAAAAUUGGGGAAUUAUAAUUUUCUCGUCUUAGCAUCAUUGGGCAAUGUUUUCAAAAUAGUGACUUUUGACAGCUCUUUAACGAAUAAAAUAGUUUCAUAUAAUGUCAUCCUUGUAUUUGUUAUGAAAUUACAACAAAUUGGAAAGCUUUUUUCUUAGCUUCUGUAAUGUAGGUUAAGUUAGGUUAAUCUAGUAGGCCCAUUAGCCACGCAUAGACCAAUUUGAUCCUUUGCGAUACCAGAUGGAGUUUAGUUGCUAGGUCCAAGAGUAGUAGUCAUCCCUCAGAAGGCCUGCGCUUGACGCGAAUUUUAACAGUCUCUCUCCCACUGUAUCAUACCAGAUGUUUACAGCGUAGCCAUUGCGGAACAAGUACAUAAGAGAUACUCCAUUGUUUCCCUCAAAUUUUAAGAUUUUUGUGAAAAAUGCCUAAACUAUUUUGCUAAAUAACUUUAAUUGGAUUAUUGUAUGAAUAGCCCAACUUAAUAAACCUAUUUUACUUAUAAUUUUAAAUAAAUUGUUAUUUUUGUUAGAUCCUCCCUCAAAUUUUGACAGUUUAAAAUCUUCAAAUAUCUUUGUGAAUCUGGCAGCCCACUUUCAUGUUAGCAUUAUUGAAUAGAAGUUUGCAUUCUUUAAAGAGUUUCGAACUGAAAAUGGUCAACGGGUUAUAAUUUAUUAUUCAAAAUUUUAUUAUUUUAUUCUUAAGCGAGCAAAAGAAAAUCGAAAAAAUAGCUUGCUUGAAAAGUGGAGAAAAGUGUUAUGACUACAAUUAGUAAUGCAGCAAAUAGGUAGUACUAAACGUAAUCUAAGAAUUGAAAAAAGGUUUGAAAAAUGUACUUGCUACGAAAAAUUCGUUAUGUAUUGAAUGAUUGAUGAAUUGAUGAACUAUUGUUAUAUUUAUUUACAUGUAGUACUUCUAACUAAACAAAAUUUUCUCACACUAAAUAUUGUAUUCAUAGAUGAACCUACCUAUUAACCUUACUAACUAAAAUUUGUGGUACGUAUCAAUCAACUUUCUGCAACAAAAAUGUUACCAAUGCGAAAUGAAUGAAAGCCUAAGCAAUUCCUAACGACUUAUUGAUAUUAUUAGGAGACAUAACUUAAAUGUGUGUUAAAUAUGUGAAAGCAAAGCAAUAAGUUUGAUUUUGUAAGAGUACAGUAAACGGUAAGCUAAGAAACGGAUGCGGAUGUGCAGUAGAAAAAUGGUUAAUCGAAAUAUAUUACUAUUUAAAUGUAAUGUUUAUUUACAUACAUACAUAAACUACAUAACAUAUACAAGAAAUAGUAUGAGUGCAUAAAUGUCGUUAACAAACAUAAUUAAAAUAAGAAUUGUAGUUGCAAAGAAAUUGUAUUGAAAUAAAAUGAAAACGAAAAAAAAAACAAAAAACAAAAACAAAAUCAGAAAUACAAAUACAUACAUACCUUAUACAAAUUUAACGAUUAACAAACGUAGUCGUGACGUGUUAGCAUUAGUAGUAGUGUAGACCGCCAUAUACUCAUCGAUGUUUGUGAAUACCGAAUAUCCGAAUAUCAACACACCACCUCAACCGCCCCUUCUAGCUAUCAAAAACUUAAAUAACAUACUUAUAUAAUCACAACAAACGCGUUGAUACCCAUACUUAUAUACACAAAUAAUAAUUAACUAGCUGUUCGCACCGAACGGUUCGUAUGUGUAUUUCUAUUCCAUCUUCAUUACCAUAUUUUUGGAAUCUUUUUUUUACCAUUGUAUGGGUAUUCUGUGCUACAAACAAAUUGUCUUAUUAUCUUAUCUUAUUGAGCUACUUCAAAAGUUUCAUACUACAGAAUGUUUAAGUCUAAAAAGGGUGCUUUUUAGACAAGUGGUUUUCAAGAAAAGAUAAAACGCAUAUAAUUUAAUAUUACGGCCCAGCAUUUAGCUUUAUUAUAAAAAUAAUGGCUUGCCAUUAUAUUUUAAAAAUUAUUUCGGGCAAGUGAAGCUCAAUUUUCGACCAAUUUCUGCAGCAAUUUGGUCGGUAUAUCAGAAAAACCGCUCCGAAUAUUCUCUUCCAAGCCGUCAAUCGUCUCGGGCUUAUCUGCGUAGACAAGCGACUACACAUAACGCCACAAAAAAUAAACCAGAUAUGUUAAAUUGCAAAAUCUUGGAGCCUACGCCAUAAACCCAAGAUGCGAGAUAAAUUGCUCACCAAAAAUGUCCUUCAAUAAACUGAUUGCUUCGUUGGCGAAAAGGUCGUUCACCUCAACAUUGCCAAAUUCAAUAAUAGGGGCAUUCCUAAUUGACUGUAACAUUAUGGCCGGCUUCAUUUUUGAAGAAAUAUUGAGAGGCAACAAUGCCUCUGCUCUUAAUGCACACUAACAUUGACUUGUUUAGAAUCUAGUGGCGUCUCAACAAUGGCUUGUGGAUUGUCAUCACUCCAAGUGCGACAAUUUGGUUUAUUAACUCACCUAACUACUAAAAGUGAGCUUCAUCGCUGAACAAUAUUUUCUUGUGAAAAUCGGAAUCGGUGGUCAUCUCGUUUUGGGCUCAUUCACCGAACAUGUGCUGCUCGUGAUGGUCAUUCGGUUUCAAUUCUAGCACGAGUUGGAUUUUUUAAGCCCUCAAAGCCAGAUCCUUCCACAAAAUCUUCCAUAAAGUAGCUACAGCUCCAAUGGACUCAAUCGGGUCUUCUUUGAUAAUCUGCUCCACAAGAGCAAUAGCGUUUUCGUUGUGUAAUGCAUGGUACCUUCGAGAAUGCGUAUUAUGCACAAGAAUAAAAGAAGCUCGAAGCCGAUCACUGAGUGCUCGUAUUAUUGACUCUACUGGGCGAUUAUAUCGACCGAAUAAUGAACUCCUGAACCGUACCAUUAUUUUUGAAACAAAUUUGCACCAUUUGAAAACGUUGUUUCGUAACAUAAGUCUGUUCAUUAUGAACUGGAAGCCAAAUUGAAUUUAAAUCAAGUUACAGCAGCGCAAAGAUCAAGCCCGAAAAAAGUAUCGCCUUAUUGAAAACCAGUUGUCUAAAAAACUCUUUACCAUUGUUCUAGUUUAAAAAGUUGUUUAUUGGACCCUCUCAGACCUCCAUAAUUGUAUUAAAAAGUCAGUUCCGUUCGAACUUGGAAAAAGUUCUUAGAAUUAACAAUUUUCCUCUAUAAAACUGUAGCAUCCUUGCUUUUUCAAUUCAGUCCUUUGAAAGGAUUACUAUGUAUCUUAGUUACAUACAUACAUACAUGCAUACACUUACAUGCAUUAUUAUAUACAUAUACACAUACAUAUGUAGUUGUGUACAAAUAAAUAAAUAAUACCCAUACAUACAUAAAUACAUACUCAUAAAUGUUAGAUGCCGCACGCACAUAUAUAGAACGAACACCUACAAGAAACAGUAAUACAACAAUAAAAUAACACAAGUUCGAAAAUAUUCGAAGGUACCGCAACGCACUUUUAUAACUACUUGCAGUAUCAAGACUACGUUUCUUUAAGCAGGCAGUGAAAGUUUAAGUUACAUUCUGCUAUUGGCUUGAUGAUUUUGCGAUAAAAAUAAACUUCGGAUUAAUA